CUUUGAAUAGAGUCUUUAUCUACGAAAGUGUCGUUUGAAUACGUUUUCUACAUUUGGUGCCGAGACCCGGGAAUUGAAACUGGGAUUCUAGCGUUGUGAAGAACGUCUCAAAGGAAGCUGUUGUGAAGUCAAAGCUGCACUAGCUGAAAGCACGUGGGCGACCAAUUAUGCCGCCGAAAUUGAGGAAUUUGAAAAAAUUUCGCGAUGGUCACCGAAAGUUCGUCCAGAAAACUAUCGAACAAGCCAAAGGGCUAAUCUCUGAAGGCAAUUCCAUCGAAGUGAAAAGGCUGAAAUUUCUUCGAACCGCCCUUGAAACGAAAAUGUCGGAGCUUCAAUCGCUCGACCGCGAAAUUGUGGAGCUGGUGGACGACGUAAAAACCAUCGAUACCGAAGUCUCUGAGAGCUGUGAGAUAAUGAGUUCCAUUCAGGAGUGUAUUGUUGAGUUAGAAUCUGUUUUGGAAGCUCAAGAAAUGCAGGGUAAGAGUCAGGAAUUCCCUUCUGUGGCGCAACUUCCUCCUUCCGAAAGCGCGGGAACUUCUCAAGAUCACGUUUCGAAGGCAAAGUUGCCGAAGCUCGAGCUUAAGAAGUUUCACGGAAAUCCCAUACACUGGUAUCCCUUUUGGGAAUCUUUCGAGUCUGCGGUUCAUAAGAACCCAAAUUUGUCUUCAGUGGAUAAAUUCAAUUAUUUGCAGUCACUUCUUACUGGCACCGCGCGUAGUACGAUCGCUGGUCUGGCCCUGACGAGUGCAAACUACGAAAAGGCAGUUGGACUGCUUAAACAAAGAUUCGGAAAUCGACAGAUAGUGAUCUCCAGCCACAUGGAAGUGCUCACUAAACUCCCCAAGGUGGAAUCGAUAAGCGAAGUAAAGAAACUCCGAAGCUUGUACGACACAGUGGAAUCUCAUGUUUGUGGAUUGGAAA